AUGUCGUCCUCUUCAGAAACAUCACCGGAUACCAUCAUGGUAUCGGCAGAACAGCGAUCCGAAGCCCCCCACAACAGUGACACCGUCCCGGUCGAGGCACCUGCUGGGGGCAAUCAGAAUGUGCCGAAGCCGAAGAGGCUGGCAUGCCAGCUCUGCCGCAAGAGAAAGCUGCGGUGUGACGGCCUUAAGCCCAGCUGCAGCACGUGUGCACGCCUCGGUCACAAGUGUGUCUACGAUGAGGUCCGCAGGAAGAGCGGCCCGAAAAGGGGCUAUGUGAAGGCGUUGGAGGAGAGGCUGAAGCAAGUCGAGACCUUGUUAAAAAACCAGGAACUGUCGUCUGCAUCAAAUGCGGACGGAAAAGGGUUGGGCCUGGGUGUCAACAACAUAGCGACACCAUCUCCGAAUCAACGACCGGCUGGAACUCCAAACUUCGGAGUGACGGACCCGGCACUCGGGAUGUCCAACAGUCCAGGUAUGGACCGCUGGCGCUUCGCUGGCAACUCUCCCCAUGCUCCUGAAGAUUUUAACUUCAGCGGGAACGUGGAUAUGGGGUUGGGUGUGGACCCCAACCUCACCAUGGAGAUGAUCAGCCUGGGUUUGGAGGAGCCGUUGCCCACACAAGAGACCAUCGAUGAGCUACACCAAAUCUACUUCGAAAAGAUCCAUCCCUCGGUCCCUAUGAUCCACAGGUACCGCUAUCUCGCAGCCAUGAACCUGGCCCCAACACAACGGCCUCCCGUGUGCCUGCGUUACGCCAUGUGGACGCUGGCUUGUUCGGUCUCGGAGAAUUUGCAUACUCUUAAAGACCUCUUCUACCAACGGGCUCGCAAGUACCUCGAAUCUGACUACAUUAAGGGGUACGGAGAGCACAUGAUCUCUGUUGCCCAUGCCCAAACCCAUAUCCUGCUUGCCGUGUACGAGUUUAAAUGGAUGUACUUCCCUCGUGCUUGGAUGAGCACUGGGUCUGGUGUUCGAUUGGCACAGAUGAUCGGUCUUCAUCGUGUCGAUGGAGCUGGCCUUGAUGUUAAGCAAUGUCUACCCCCAGCACGAGACUGGACUGAGAGGGAAGAGCGGAGGAGAACGUUUUGGAUGGCCUUUUGCCUGGAUCGCUUCGCCAGCAUCGGCACCGGCUGGCCCCUGAUGAUUGAUGAGAAGGACAUCUCGACGAACCUACCCACUUCUGAAGAAGCAUUCGAGCUCAGCCGGACUGAGCAAACGUCGACACUGGAAGAUGCCAUGACGCCAGCGGGCGCAGGAAGGCUGUCGCCAUUUGGCAGCGUAGUACUCAUGGCUUGCUUAUUUGGCCGGAACUUGAUGCACCUGCACCGUCCCAAUGCCGAUGAUCGCGACGAUGACCUGAACGGCGAGUUCUGGAAGCGGCACAGGCAGAUGGACAAUAUACUGCUCAACACUUCGUUGUGCUUGCCGUCGUCGCUGAAGUUGCCGAAUGGCCUGGGCAAUCCCAACGUUGUGUUCACAAACAUGUGCAUCCACACUUCAACCAUCUGCUUGCACCAAGCUGCCAUCUUUAAGGCGGAUAAGAACCGUCUGCCGGCUUCUGUCAGCUCAGAAAGCAAAGUUCGUUGUAUCACUGCCGCGAACGAGAUCGCAAGCAUCAUGAGGAUGAUUUCGCAUCUCGAUCUCUCAUCGAUGAACCCCUUUAUUGCCUUCUGUCUCUACGUCUCUGCGCGAGUGUUCAUUCAAUAUCUCAAGAGCAGACCAGACGACAGCAAAACAGCUGACUCUUUGCGCUUCCUCCUCUCCGCCAUGAACGCCCUCAAGAGGCGAAACCCACUUACUGAGUCUUUUCUGGUCCAGUUGGACGUUGACCUCGAGGCUCUUGGUGUUCGCAUUCCUAAACUUAGAAAUGCCUUCCCGCGCAGCACCGACAGCCCAAGCUCACCAAAUCAAAUGCCACCAGGCCUGGCAAACCGGUCCAAGAAUCCAGGUAUCUUCGGCUACAGCAACGAAUGCCAUUACAUGAAAGUGCCAAACGAUGACGGCAACCCGGCGACUGCCCCAGACCUGAUCGAGGUCGACCCGGUCGUUGUGCCCGACCAUGGCUUUCCUUCUCCAAACAUGCCACAUCACCACCAGCCAUCAACCACAACCCUUCCGACUCGCGAACGAAGCCAAACCGCUUCCUCUUUCUUGUCCACCCAUCAUAACAUGAUGCACCCGUCUCAGUAUCCGAGCUUCAUCCCCGACUUGGACACGGCAGCCACUUCCGGCACCGACUUAGGCGCGGCAAAUACUCCGGAUGGCCCAUCUUCCUCAUCGUCGAAUCGCCCUACCCCAGGAUCAAGCACAACAGCUUCUGAGCAUCACCCGCAACACGGCCACACGCUCACGCCUGGGAGUAACCUCCCCGCAACCAACGGUUCAGCCAGGACAUCCUCUUUCGACACCAGCCCCGCGCUUGUUAACACCGCUGGGCCAACAACCGCCAGUAGUUCGGCGACGGCUGUUCCGACUACCACGAGUGAGCUUAACAGGAGCAUUGAGGCGUUUUUCAGCAACGAUCCGUCUGCAGCGUUCGGGAAUGGGGACACUCGCGGGGCGAAUGGCGCUGCUGCGGGUGGUGCUGGUGGUUGGCCGGAUAUGACGGCCGGGACGGGGGUUGCCGAGGGAAUGUUGCGGUCGAUGAUUGGUAUGGAGGGGAUUGAAAUUUCUUGGGAUGGGAGUUAG